AUGUCCACGACGGCAACGACCACGACGGCAACGACCACGCCGAGCUCCACAUCCAGCACACCCACCACGCCCACCACGCCCACAAUGUUUCUUCCUCCAACCGCGCAAACCCCGCGCCUCUCGAUCCCCUUCGCCCUGCGCCUCCCCAUCCUGACGGGCACAUCGAUCCUCCUCGGCGGCGCGCUGGGGUCAAUGGUGGGCGGUCACAGAGCGUCGCUGAUCUUCCGGGCGGAGAACUCGCACCGCCAACCGACGUCGACAAAGGGCUGGUACUUCUACCACAAGACGAAGAACUACCACGUAGCGUACGGCGCGGUUGUGGCGGGCGUGAAGCAUGCGGUCCGGGUGGGCGCGUGGGUCGCCAUGUUUGUCAUCUUUGAGGACGCGGUCGAUCGGUUAAGAGGACGCGUGGAUGCCCUGAGUACUGUCUGUGCGGGCUUGGGCGGCGCGGGGGUGUUUUCGCUUUGGCAUGGACUGGGCUACGGGUUUGCGGUGCGGACUGCGAAGAAGGGGUUCGUUAUUGGUGCGGGGUUUGGGCUGGCGCAGGACGCGAUACGCUGUUUGAAGGGGCAGCAUGGAGGCGUGUUUGAAUACAUGGGGAUUGGCGCUGGACGGCGGGAGGCGCGCGCGGCGGAUGAGGCGGCGAUGGCGACACGACACUAG